CCCCCACACUGCGGUCAUAACCGUGAACCAAGGAUCCAGCACUGCCCACCUCCCAACUGUUAAUCAUUUCAUCAUCUAGCCCAUCCUCAUGAUUACUUCUAAUGUGGAGUCGAUCGAGCGAGCGACCGACUGAUAGCGAUGCGGGGCUCUCCAUAUCGCCGGUUGCGGGAUGGUCCAUGUGGAGAUUCGAGCGUCAUCGUGGAUGGAGACGAGAGGGACUUGGAGUAGUUAUAGUCGGGUGAAAAGUGAGCCCGCAAAAAAAAAAUUAAAUAAAAAAAAAAAAAAAAGAAAAAAAAAGACAGCGCAGAGCAGAAAGAACAAACAACCAGAGUGGCGAGAGGGAAGACGAAAGGCGCUCAGGAGAGGGAUUGACGACAAGACAAUGUCCGGCGAUAACAACCAAUUACGGGGACUGGCUGUCACUGAUAAGGAAGCACUGCUGGGGAGUAAGGUAUCAUCCGAGGUCUGCCCGCCCUUAUCGCGGUUCAAUUUAAAUACCAGAGACCAAGUCCGAAAAGGAAGUAUUGUUGCGAACUUGCGAGCUCAGCUCGCCAGGUUUGCCCUGCUUCAGGCGGGGAAAACUGAGACUAGUGGUGAUGAUCGCCGAGCUGUGCAGAGGAUUACCUAUGCAAGAAUUCUGAGCUCAGAGACGAUGCGCAAUGGAAUAUGAUGCCUCAUGUCCUGGCGAAGACCGGAUAUCUUUCUUGACCGGUCAGAGGGCUCUUCGGCCUCAUCCUCAUCCUACUCCUCCUCAACAACGCCUUUCUCUCGCUCCGCACUCAAAUCUGCCAAGUCCAAGCGCAUCUUCAACCUGUCAAUCUGUGGUUCUUCCCGGACCCGCUUGUACUUGCCCGAAUGUGCUUAGAUUCUCCGAUAAGAACCGUGAUAAGUUGAUAAUCCCCGUCGGUGGAGCUCUUCAGCCGUGUUGAGCU